GUCGCUACGCGCCGUGCGGCCGCGGUGUGUUGCGCGGGCAUUGGGGUUGCCAUGCUGGUUUGUUAGUUUCUCUGUUAGCAUUGGGUUUGGAGAGAAAUGUGAGGUUUCUGUGUUCGCGUAGUUGGGGGGAAUUUUUUGUGAAUGACCACUUUGGCUCUAGAGGAACCGAUGGACGACGGGUGACUCGAUUAGUGUGAGUUGUUCAUUGCUCCCGAUGAACGGACAUGUUUUCCAUUUUUAAUCUCGUGUGUGUAGGAUAGCUGAAGCGUUUGAUUUGUGGCGACCAGGAAGCAAAGCUGUACGCCGGAAAGGAUUUUUUUAAAAAUUUUAAAAAAGCCAGUUCCGUCUACUCAUUUUAGAUAUGAAUAUGAGAAUAAGCCUUUUUUUUUUUUAAGUUCAAGUGUUCUCUGAAUUUGCUCAAUAUAAGUAUUGCUUCACUAGCCCACUUUGUCAGGACACACUCUUUCUUCUAUGUGCCACCAUAUUGGAAUAGAGAUUAGAGAAGUGUAUGCUGCAAUUAGUUUUCACUCAUAUCUAGUUUGGUGAUGAGUCCAUAACUUCCUACAUUUGUCUUGAAAUCAGAUUCUGUAUAAUCGUGACCAAAUAUGUGAUGAACUAGGUGCUCUUAUUUCAAUUCAUGGUAGUACAGCACUGGUGCUAAGAAUUUAGUUUAUCUAAUAUCUUUGCUCUAGAAUUUACGCCUUAAAGCAUAUGUCUCAUGAAUUUGUUUUCUGAUUCUAUGCUUUUUGGGUCGGUAUGAUCAUGUAUCCUUUCAUGGUUUGACACGGCAUUCUUAGAUUUAUUAAACUAUGCAUGUCCAUUUCAACAGUGAUCCAUGCCUCAUUCUGCUUUGUACUCCAUGUUAUAUAUCUAUUGUAUCAUUAAAAGUUUAAAACAGUAGUUAUAAAUUAUGGAAUUAAUUUGAUGAAAAAAAGAAAAGGAUCCUACACCAGCAUAAUAUUCAUUUUAGUGGGUCCUAAAUAUAACAACGUAGAUAAGAAAUACAAUGCAUUUCAUCAACAAGCACAUGAGUUCUAUGGCAAAUACAAACAUACCAUUGUAUGUAAGUGUGCAAGGUGAGGCUAGUUAUUUAUAGUAUACUUCUAGUAGUGUUUUUACAAUUCCUUUUGGCAUCUUUUGGAACACAAACUUUAGAUAUAAAUCUAUGCAUCCAUUUACCUAUUAACCUUGAUUUUUUCCCUGGCAUGUUGGAUUUUUGUGACUUGUGGCUUGUGCAGGCUGCCACAUUAAAAAUUGUUCUUGGCUCCCAUAUAUGGCUGGAAGAUAAAGAUUUAGCUUGGAUUGAUGGUGAGGUCUUCCGAAUUGAGGGUCAAAAGGCCCAUAUCCGCACUACCAACGGAAAUAUGGUUGUUGCGAGCAUAUCAGACAUUCAUCCAAAGGACACAGAAGUGCAUUCUGAUGGAAUUGAUGAUAUGAUAAGACUAUCAUACUUGCAUGAGCCUGGUGUUUUAAACAAUCUAUCUGUUCGAUAUGCAAAAAAUAUAAUUUACACCUAUACUGGUAAUAUAUUGAUUGCAAUCAAUCCAUUCCAAAGGUUGCCUCAUCUUGCUGAACCCCAUACUAUGGAGAAGUACAAAGGUGCAAAUUUCGGUGAGCUAGACCCUCAUGUAUUUGCAAUUGCUGACAUUUCUUACAGGCAAAUGAUGAAUGAGAGAAAGAGCAACUCCAUAUUGGUGAGUGGUGAAAGUGGUGCUGGCAAGACUGAAACCACAAAGAUGCUUAUGAGAUAUCUUGCAUUUUUGGGUGGACGGUCUAGAACAGGAGGGAGGACAGUUGAACAACAAGUUUUAGAAUCUAAUCCAGUCCUUGAAGCUUUUGGCAAUGCAAAGACUGUUCGGAACAAUAAUUCAAGCCGGUUUGGCAAAUUUGUUGAAAUCCAGUUUGACAAGAGUGGGAAGAUAUCUGGUGCUGCCAUUAGAACAUACUUACUUGAAAGAUCACGUGUUUGUCAAAUCAAUAGUCCAGAGAGAAACUACCAUUGCUUUUACUUCCUAUGUGCAGCACCAUCGGAGGAAAUUAGAAAGUAUAAUCUGGGUGACCCUUCGUCGUUUCACUAUCUCAACCAAUCUACUUGCAUUAAAGUUGAUGGGAUUAGUGACAAUGAGGAGUAUCUUGCAACAAGAAGUGCUAUGAAUACAGUUGGCAUAACUGAGCAGGAGCAGGAGGCUAUAUUCCGAGUUGUUGCUGCUGUGCUUCACCUUGGGAACAUCAAUUUUGUGAAAGGGAGAGAGGUAGAUUCAUCUGUAAUAAAGGAUGAGAAAGCUAGGUUCCAUCUUAAUGCAGCUGCAGAGCUUUUGAUGUGUGAUCAUGGGAAGUUAGAGAAUGCACUGAUAAAGAGGAAAAUAAAUACACCAGAAGGAGUGAUUACCACAACAGUUGACCCUAAUUCUGCCACAGUUAGCAGAGAUGGCUUAGCCAAACAAAUAUAUUCUCGACUAUUUGACUGGCUUGUAAGCAGACUAAACGCAUCAAUAGGACAAGAUGAGAACUCUCAAUAUUUGAUCGGCGUGCUUGAUAUCUAUGGUUUUGAAAGUUUCAAGACUAAUAGCUUUGAACAAUUAUGCAUCAAUUUCACCAACGAAAAACUCCAGCAGCAUUUUAACCAGAAUGUCUUCAAAAUGGAGCAGGAAGAGUAUAACCGUGAGCAGAUCGAUUGGAGUUACAUAGAAUUUGUUGACAACCAAGACGUGUUGGACUUGAUUGAAAAGAAACCUGGUGGGAUUGUUGCACUUCUUGAUGAAGCUUGUAUGUUUCCUAAAUGUACACAUGAGUCAUUUUCUCAGAAGCUGUACGAGAAGUUCAAGAACCACAAAAGGUUUAGCAAACCAAAGCUUUCUCGUACUGCAUUUACAAUCCAACAUUAUGCAGGAGAAGUAACAUAUCAGUCUGAUCAUUUCCUGGACAAAAACAGAGAUUAUGUAGUCGUAGAACAUCAAGAGUUGCUUAAUGCUUCCACGUGCUCCUUUGUGUCAGGGUUAUUCCCAUCAGUACAAGAGGAGAACACAAAAUCUUCAAAGUCCUCAAUUGCUAAUCGUUUUAAGGGGCAACUCCAUGACCUGAUGGAGACUUUAAGUUCUACAGAACCUCAUUAUAUUAGAUGUAUUAAGCCCAAUAAUCUUCUUAAGCCUGCUACUUUUGAGAACGCCAAUGUUUUACAUCAACUUCGAUGUUCGGGUGUUCUUGAAGCUAUUCGCAUCAGUUGUGCUGGAUACCCUACAAGAAAAUUAUUUCGUGAUUUUCUUCAACGGUUUCGCAUUAUUGCUCCUGAUUUUUUCAAAGAAAGAAAUGAUGAAAAAGUAAUCUGCCAAAAGAUUUUGGACAAAAUGGGACUCCAGGGUUAUCAGAUUGGAAGAACUAAGGUGUUUCUGAGAGCCGGUCAGAUGGCUGAAUUGGAUGCUAGAAGAACUGAAGUGCAGAAUAGAGCAGCUAGAGCUGUUCAGAGUAGAUUUCGCACUCAUGUUGCUCGUGAACAAUUUCUUAUGCUACACAACACAUCCAUAUCCUUCCAAUCUUUUGUUAGAGCAAUUUUGGCUUGUAAGCUGCAUUUGCUCCUGAGAAAACAAGCUGCAGCUCUGAAAAUACAGAAAAACGUCCGCUGCUAUUUUGCCUCAAAGUCUUUUUCUGAACUGCGCUCUUCAGCCAUUACAUUGCAGACAGGAUUAAGGGCCUUUGGUGCUUAUAACGAAUAUAUUCGCAGAAAACAAAACAAAGCUUCUACUGAUAUCCAGACUCAAUGGCGUAGCCACAGGGAUAAUUCAAAUUAUCUCAAACUGAAGAGAUCAGUGUUGAUUUAUCAGUGUGCAUGGAGAAUACAAGUUGCUAAAGGAAAACUCAGAAAGCUCAAAAUGGCUGCAAGAGAUACAGAAGCUCUCAAGGUAGAGAAAGGGAAACUUGAGGAGCAUAUAGAAGAAUUAUCAAGCCGUUUGUGUUUGGAAAAGAAACUGAGGAGUGACUUAGAGAAUAGCAAAGCAACGGAAAUUUCCAAAUUACAGACCACUCUUCAUGAGAUGGAGCGUAGAGUAGAAGAAGCCAGAGCAACACAAGAAAGAGAAUCAGCCAAAAAGGUUGUGGAAGAAGCUCUAGUUCUAGAAAGAGAGAAGAUAGCUUUAUUGACUAAAGAAGUUGAGGAGCUGAAGGUACUACUGCUAAAAGAACAAGAAGAAAAAAAUGCAACCAAUAGUGCCUUUUCUAUUGCUCAAGAAAGAAACGAUGACCUAACUAAGAAAGUUGAGGUUGCAAAUGAAAACUUCAAGCAGCUUAAAGAUACUCUGAAGAGUUUUGAAGAGAGCACAAAAGGACUUGAGACUUCUCUGAUGAUGGAGAGGCAACAAAACGAGGCAAAUAGAAGGGAAGUUGGUGAAGCACAACAAAGAGUUGAAGAACUACUGAGACUGGUUGCAGAUGCUAAUGGAAAAUCCACAUCGCUUCAGACUACUGUGCAGAGGUUAGAACAAAGCUUAAUUGAGAAAGAGGCCACUUGGCUUACAGAAAGGCAAGAAAGUGAAACAACCAAUAAAUUGCUCAUCGAAGCUCAUGGGAGAAAUGAGGAAUUGCUCAAUAAAAUUGAAGUUGCUGAAAAUGACAUAUCUAAAUUUCGAGACAAUAUCCAGAGAUUUGAAGAAACUGCAACAACAUUGGAGACUUCAUUGCUAGCUGAGAAACAGCACAGUGCUGCAAUCAUGUCACAGUUAGCUGAAACGAAACAGGGAAAUGAAGAGUUGCAGAAGAAGCUGGCAGAUGUCAAUAGAACAAACGAUAUACUUCAAGAUUCUUUAAAGAGGUUUGAAGAAAAUGUAACCACAAGGGACGCCCUGUAUUUAGCUGAAAGGCAAGAGCACGAUGAAACAAAGCAAUCACUUUCUAAAUCUCAGGAAAGAAACUGGGAAUUGCUUCAGAAAGUUGAUGAAGCGGAGAAAAGAAUAAAUAAGCUUCUGGAGAAUGCACAAAGACUUGAGAAACAUGCGACAGCAAGGGAGUCUUUGCUGCUAAAGACAAAGCAAAGUCAUGAUUCGACAACAAAAGCACUAGUUGAAGCUGAAAGUAGAAACCGAGAGUUAACAAAAAGUUUUGAGGAUUCAGACAGGAAAAUCAAUUUGCUUGAGGAUUCAGUGAACAGACUGGAAGAACGUAUAGCAGAGAAAGACUCUUUGUUGGAAAUUGAAAGACAAGAAAACAAUGCAACCAAGGAUGAAGUAACCAAUGCUCAAAACAAGAUCAUGGAAUUAGUAAACGAGUCCCAACAAUUGCAAGAUAUCAGAAAACAUCUGGAAGAUAACAUCAAGAGGCUUGAAGAAGAUGCUACUACAAGAGAAGCUUUAUUGAUAUCAGAAAAACAGACACAUGAGGCAACUAAGAGAACUCUAACUGAAACUCAGUUGAGAAAUGAAGAGUUAAUCAAUAAGAUCCAGGAUUCUGAUAAGCAUGCCCUUCAGCUUGAGCUAACUAUCGAGAGGCUUCAAGAGAAUGCAUCUACAAUGGAGGCUUUACUUUUGAGAGAACGAGAGCAAAGCAAUGCAACUAUGAAGGCACAUUCAGAAAGUCAAGAAAGAAAUUCACAGCUACUAAAGAAAUUUGAAGAUGUUGACAAGAAAAUUGGUCUUCUUCAAGGUGCCAUACAAAGGCUUGGUGAACAAACAACAAAAGACACUUUGUUGUUAUCUGAGAGAAAGGAGAAGGAUGAACUGAAGAAAGUGCUUAGUGAGACUGAAUACAGAAAUGAAGAGUUAGUAAUCAAAAUUGAAGAAGAGAACAAAAAAGUUGAGCAUCUUCAAGACACCAUAACUAUGCUUAAGGAAAAUAUAGCGGUUCAAGCUGCUAAUUUGGAAGCUGAAAGACAAGAAAACGACAGGAUUAGGAAAUCUCUUGUUGAAGCUCAGGAGAGAAAUGACGAGUUAUUUAAGAAAGUUAGUGACAGUGAAUACAGGGCCCAGCAGCUCCAAGAUACUGUGCAAAAGCUUCAAGUUGAUGCCAUAUCAAGAUUGUCUUCCUUUGUAAUGGAGAGACAAGAAAGUGAUGCUGUGAGAAAGGCACUUGCGGAAUCUCAUGGAAGAAAUGAAGAUCUAAUAAGACGAAAUGAUGACCUCCUCAGUAGGAAUGAUGACUUGAUCAAGAAAAUUGAAGAUUCCGGUCAAGUUGUUGCUGAGCUCCAGGCAGCCUUAGAAAGGAUAGAAGGGAAAGCGGCCAACUUAGAGGCAGAAAAUCAAAUUCUUCGCCAACAAGCAAUUGCAACCCCCCCAUCUACAGCCAAGUCUCAAGCUGCAUUCUCUAAAAUCAAUGCAUUUCAACAGAGAAGUCCAGAAAAUGGACAUAUUUUAAAUGGCAACGUAGCAUAUGCUGAAAAGUCCUUGACUGGUCCAGCAGAAACAAGACCCUCUAUGGUUGUUAACCAAGGUAGCAUCCUCAAUUUGAUUAACCAAAAGGAUUAUGAAAGUGGAGAUAAAAUGCAAAGAGCACAUAAUGAAGUAUAUCAGCACCAGCAGCCCCAGGAUGAUCAGCAGUUAUUGCUUCAGUACAUUACCCAGCACCUUGGAUUCUCUGGUAGUAAACCUGUCGCUGCGCUUCUUCUAUACCAAUGCCUUCUUCAUUGGAAAUCGUUUGAAACAGCAAAAACAAGUGUCUUUGACAGUAUCCUACAAGAGAUAAACUCAGCAAUAGAGGCUCAACAUGAUACGAGAAGCCUGGCCUAUUGGUUAUCCAACCUGUCAACAUUGUCAGUUCUCCUGCAACUCUCAUUUAAAACCACCAGGGCAGCAAUCUCAACCCCACAUAGACGGAGAUUUUCCUACGAGAGGAUUUUUCAAGCUAGUCAAACUUCAAAUAGCGGACUUGCUUAUUUCAGUGCUCAACCGGUGGAUGGGCCUAGUGGAUUGCAACAAAUUGAUGCAAAAUAUCCAGCUUUGCUCUUCAAGCAGCAGCUUGUGGAUCUGAUUGAGAAGGUGUAUGGAAUGAUAAGUGACAAGGUGAAGAAGGAGCUUAACCCGUUACUUGAGUUGUGCAUACAGGAUCCAAGGACUUCUCACUCAAAUCAAGCAAAGGCCUCACUAUCAUCUGCUAGUCACUUGGGCCAACAAAGCCAACUCACACACUGGUUGGGCAUAGUGAAAAUCCUCAACAACUGCUUGCAUCUGCUAAGAGCAAAUCAUGUCCCAUCAAUUCUGAUCCACAAGUUGCUUACCCAAAUAUUUUCUAUGGUCAAUGUUCAACUAUUUAAUAGACUUCUGUUGCGCCGUGAAUGUUGUUCGUUCAGCAACGGGGAGUAUAUCAGAGCUGGACUAACUCAAAUAAAACAUUGGUGCAAUGAUGUUAAUCAAGAGUUUGCAGAUUCAGCCUGGGAAGCACUGAGGCAUAUAAGACAAGCUGUUGAUUUCUUGGUAAUUUCGCUGAAGCCAAUACGGACAUGGAGUGAAAUAUGCGAUGAUGUUUGCCCAGCUCUCAGCUUACAGCAGCUUGAGCGUAUAGUUGGCAUGUACUGGGAUGAUAUGAAUGGCACAAACAUUAUUUCAGCAGAGUUCACAUCAAGCAUGAGAACUAUGAUGAAGGAGGAAUCAAAUAAUGCCACCAGCUUUUCUGUCCUGUUGGAUGACGAUUCCAGCAUACCUUUUUCACUUGAAGACAUUGCGAAGUCGAUGCCAACCAUUGAGGAGACGACAGAGAAUGACCUGCUACCUUUUGUCCGUGAAAACCAAAGCUUUGCGUUUAUAUUGCACAGGAGAGAUUGAGUGGUUCCCUCUUCACAGAUCAUUCACCGGCUAUGUGAAAAAGGAGCGCCUCUGUGUAGCGUGGAUAUUACACGUUAUUCAUGUUGUAGACUAGUAACCCAUUUAGGAAUCAAGAGCAAUUGCAGCUGAGGGUUUCUAGGCCUCUCUGGUUUGAAUGGUUGGUUAAGCAAACUGUACAUGUUUUAUCUGCAGUGUGUAUAACACACGUUAUUCAUGUUGUAGACUAGUGACCCAUUUAUGAAUUAAGAGCAAUUGGACCUGA